CUUCCUGUCGCAGUGUUUGGGUUGCUUGUUGCUCUCACUACCGGGCAGCUGAAGGCAGGAUGGAUACGGGAGGUUUCAGGUGUAUCGAGUGUAACGAGGAGGCGGCGGAGCUGCACCGGGAUUACAGGAACGGCAUCCUGAAGCUCACCAUAUGUGAGUUCUGCCAGAAGCCAGUGGACAGAUACAUUGAAUAUGACCCAGUUAUCAUCCUGAUCGACGUCAUUCUGUGCAAGACUCAGGCCUUCAGACACAUUCUGUUCAACACAAGUCUAAAUAUCCACUGGAAGCUGUGUGUGUUCUGCCUGCUGUGUGAGGCCUACUUCAGAUGGUCUCUGCUCCAGGGCUCUGAGCAGAGCAGUGACCCCGCCGACAUCAUUAGGUACACCAAAGAAUGGGACUUCUACGGCAUGUUUGGGUUGGCUGCCCUGGAGCUGUGGGCGUUCUGCAGCGGUGUGCUCUGGUUCCUUUGGGUGGCGGUGGGUGCCCUGCAGGGUGAGAAGCUGGAUUUCAGGCUGCUGCUCAGAGCGCUGCUGCUGUCCUGCUACGGCAAGGUCCUCCUCAUCCCCGCUGUCAUCUGGGAGCACGACUACACCCCGCUCUGCCUGGGCCUCAUCAAGCUGCUCGUCCUCACCUCCAACUCACAGGCCAUCAGAGUGAUCCUGAACAGCAGCAGACGUCUGUCGCUGAUGGCGGUGUGUGUGGGUCUGCUGGCAGAGGCCUGCGUGGUCCAGGCCUGUGAGAAGCUUCCCUUGAGCAUCCAGGACUUCUUGACAUUUGAGUGACCACGUCCACUCCAUCAUCAGACUGAGACAAAGAUCGAUGAGCUCAGGGACUGGCCAGUGGCUGGGAGCACUGCAGCUGACCUCCAGACUGAGCUGAACUCGGUUGUUUUGGCAGAGCCAGGCUAGUUGUGAAGAUCUUUUUACACAGUGGGCCUCAAAACAAAAAAUCAAGGCUUAAACUGGGACUUCCUUAUGUUUAUUUUUGUAUAAUUUCAGUGAUAUAUUUGGUGCUAAGCACCCAUUGCUUUGUUGUGUUUGCACUACACCUCCCGCAGAUCACCUGUCAAUCAAACAGUAUGUCCAGUACUAUUACGUCUUUUUCUUUGGAUUUUCUGGGGAUGAAGUUUGAGUUUCUGUAGGUGGUGCUCUUUUAUUUAUUUUGUUUAGCUAUGGUGGCUAUCACUGCUCAUGCGAAAUACCCAUUCUUCCUCUUGUCUGUAUAUAAACAAAUCUGAAACUUAAAUGCACCACUUCCUGUGUGCCAAGGAUUUUUUCCAGGACGGACCCUCCUGACUCCAGGUGUUAACAACAUCGAGCAUAAAAGAUGUUGAAUCCCGAUAGUGUCACAGCAUUCAGCAAUAAAAUUGUCAUUACCCGAUAUCAAGACUGAACUGUCAGCUCGAUACACUCCGUCUCCACAAUUGCUCAGAAAUUUUUAAAGUGAAUGUGUGACUCACGAGUCUGCUUUAAUAAAACUUUUUAUUUUGACAUGAAAUAGCAAGAAGAUACAGGUGUUACUACUGAGCUAAUUAAGGUUCUGGUUCAUUUAAAUGUAGCAGAGCCUUUCCAUUGAGCUGGCAUGAAGAAUAGCAGGGUGCUGGCUCUGUUAGGCUGAAACUGAAUGUCUUAGUAAAGUUGCUAAUCACCUUUGUCCCCCAGGCAAGUGAAUUUGUGCAGGUUUCAAAGGGUUCAUUCUGCUGGUUGUGAAGAUUGCAGGCUGAGUUUCAUGAGUGUUGAGGCUUUUAGGUUUCUGCUGAGGGAGGAGACAGAGAGAGGAAACCUCUCUGGUUAAAAAAAAAAAAAAAUUCAUUCGUUCAAAGAUGAGAUGAGAUGUUUAAAAAGCAUAAACAGUGCUGUAUAUGAGAAAAAAACAAUACCUUACGAAAUAGCCUGUUACCAGCCGUUGAAGAAAAAUGGGAGUUACUUUAUAAAGGACAUACAUUAUACAGGAGUUUAGGGACUUUUUGUAUUUAUUUACUUAAUAUAUGCAUUUUAUUUUUUAUUAAAAGAAAAGUAUGACUACAUAUCUGGGGCACAUUGAUGUUUAUAUGUGUGUAUGUGUGUUCCUGCACGUUGGAGUGGGUUAACUUUUGAAAAACUCCACCUCUUGCCACUGGAAUGCAGAGUGAGUGUGUAAACAGAGCGAUGCUCACUCAGGAAACCAAAUGGUCUAAUGAGGCACAUGUCUGUGGAAUGACGAGUAUUUACCACACUGGCCGAUAAAGCAGUAACUGACUGAGCCGCAGCCGGUCCCCAGGAGUCUCUGCAGGAGUCACAGCAUUAUUUAACUCCUGCAGAAAAGACAUUCAGUAUUUGUCUGUGAAGACAGUCAGCUGCUCCAGUCGAGGCCUCACGUUACAGUCAGUCGUGAGGAGAGGUGAGCACUGAACGUAUUUAAGGCUGCGUCAUUGAAGGUGCUGUGUGUAUCAUUUUAGCCUUUGAAACCUGAGCAAAUUCACUUGAUUUUGUCCCUAAGAUAUGAUAUAUUUGAAUUUAAAUUACAAGAAAAUUACCACAAAAUCACAACAAAGUUACCUGAAAAUCUGUAUUUAGAAUGACAAGUAAAUUACCAUCAAGUUGCCACCAGAAAAAAUAAAAAACUAACUAAAUAAAUAAAAAUCAAAAUAAAAGCCCAGUCACAGUCUCCUGGGAUUCAAACAUUUAAGCCUGCAUUUGGGUUUGUGAAUUAAUGCAGGGAACAUGAAUGAAAUUCAUAUUUAUUAUAAUGCAAGUACAAAAAACAGAUCAUGUGUUUAACAAGCUUGAUCAAGAUCAUUGUACAAAAGAUUUCUUUUACAAAUUGUUUCAUGUCAGAUACAAUAUCCUGAGGAUCCUUUGUCAUAUUCAUAUCAGUUUUUACUGUAUGUCUCAUUUUUGCCUCCAUGUUUUCUUUUUCUUUUACUCCAUGUUUUUACUUUUUUACAGAUGCUUAAUAGAAAAUAAUGUGGAGCAACCAGUUUCUAUUGUUGUCCUAUCCUGACCAUUUGGCUGCUUUGAUCAGUUAUAUAAGAGUGACGGUGAGUGAGUUUGUCAUGAAGUGCAGAGGCUCACUGGAGAAAUGCUGUUAACAGGAGCAAUCUGGACAUAUUGCUAUAAAAACUGGAAAAUAAAACAUCUGUAUUUUUGUAGAACCA